AAUAUGCAUCAUUCAAACACUGUAGCAACUGAAAUAACAAAUGUUUUAAAUACAUUUUGCUUUAGUAUAUUGUGGUCCUCCUUAAAACAAGAAGACCCACCUUAAAGGUUUAGAGGGACACUAACAGGUUGACUUUCACCAGCGUAGCAGGAAAAGCAUAAUGCAUCAGCGACACAAAAGCCCAGAACCCUGCAAGUGGAGCAGGAGGAUGAACCCAGGUACGAGGAGUGAUGUACAGACCUCUGCCUCCUCGACUCCUUCCACAUCAGCUCAUGUUAGGACCAGUCUGCUACAAUCAAACCAAUCUGUUCACUCAACAGUUGCCAGUAGAGCUAAGAAAAGUAAAAGGAACAGAGCCAAUCGUGCCUGGACAUGGAAACGUUUUGGCUUUAAAGGGAAAAUGAGACUGAGGGGCUCCAAACGGCCUAAAAAGAAGAGACGCUCUGGGCGUUCCACCCUUCAGCCACAGAGCACACAGCAAAGCAGCAACAGUGCAGAUCAAAUCCAGACUGGUCAACAGAUAACAUCACCACAGUCUAUUAGUGAACAGGACAUCACCACUUGCCAGUGGCUCUACUAUGGGGCUCACAUUGGCAAUGAGACCCGCAACAUUGAGUUCAAAGUCGGUGGAGGAAGUUACAUGCAGCAUAAUUUCUGCCAACACGUUUGUGUCUACGCAAGUGCCUUCCUGAACAGCGGGGGAGGCAGUCUGGUGGUCGGGGUGAAUGACAGCGGAAUGGUUCGUGGUCUGUACUUCAGCCAUGAAGAGGAGGACAAGACUCGCCUGCAGGUGGACAGGAGUGUGAGGCUCAUCCAUCCUCCUCUCCUUCCCCACCAGUACAGCCUGAGGUUCCUACCUGUGGUAAAACCUGGGGUGGAGGAACACUGCGUCAAAGUGCUGUGCCUCACUUUCAGUGCACCUCCAGCUUUCAAUGAGCCAACCCUCUAUCAGACUGACCAAGGGAAGGUGUACAUGAGGCGGGAUGGGAGUGUCGAGGGGCCCCUGGCUAACUCUGUCAUCCUGGAGUGGUCCAAACAUAUGUGGAUUGGAAAAGUGCAGCAGCUGGAAAAGUGCCUGCGUACAUCUAGGACUGAUAUCCACAGGCUACGCCAGCUCAUUACUCCACUGUACCACAUCAUAGCCUCAUUACAGGAACAGCAGAGGACCACUCCACCCAGGAGUUCUUCAUCAAGCCCAAGCUCAGCAGCCAGCCCUGUCCGACCUCCUGUGGGAAGUCCAUAUGUCAGGCCAGCUCACAACAGCAGAGCCCCAGAUCUGGCACUGGAAUCCCCUCCACCUCCAGAACACAGGCAGAUGUGAAUUUGUCUGGCUGUGAAGUUUAGCUGAGAUGCAGAGUAGUAAAAUAAAUUCAACAAAAGUAUA